CACUCAGAGGGUUUUCUCCCUGCGUUCCUGCGUGUUAAAACUUCAGCGGUUGUCAACAGGACUCCGCUCGAGGAGAAGUCAUGACGUCCGCCCUGCGCGUCCUGGGCCUGGACUGGCUGGACACCAGCAGCGUUCUCGUCUUUGUGUUUGUUUUCCUGCUGCUGAGCGACGUUUGGAAGAACAGAGCGCCGAGAAACUUUCCUCCCGGGCCCUGGGCCCUUCCUUUCGUUGGACACCUUCAUCUCAUCGACCUCUCUCGGAUGCACCUGCAGUUUUCUGAGUUGGCAGAAAAAUAUGGGAACGUUUUCAGCGUCCGCCUCUUUGGUGGACAGACUGUCAUCGUUAGUGGCUACAAGCAAAUAAGGGAGGCGCUGAUCCUUCAAGGAGAAGACUUCGUAGAUCGUCCCGUCAUCCCGCUGUUUGAAGAGAUAGUUGGGAACAAAGUAGGUCUUGUUGGUUCCAGUGGUUAUCCAUGGAAGACACACAGGAGAUUUGCUCUUCAGACACUCAGAAACUUUGGCCUGGGCAAGAAAACCCUGGAGCGAUCCAUCCAGCAGGAGUGCCAGUACCUCACAGAGGCCUACGCCACUCAUAAAGGUCAGCCUUUUAAUUCCCAGACUUUGGUGAACAAGGCUGUGUCCAAUGUUAUCUGCUGUUUGGUCUUUGGGAACAGAUUUGAGUACGCAGACCAGCAGCAGCAGGCCGUACUACAGAAAUUCAAUGAAACUGUGCGCUUACAGGGAGAAGUAAUGGUGCAGCUUUACAACAUAAUCCCCUGGCUGAUGAAGCGGCUGCCGGGGCCUCAUCAGACGCUAUUCUCCACAAUAAGGGAGAUAGCUGAAUUUAUAGAGAUCAAGAUCAAGGAGCACAGAGAGAACCUCGACCCGUCAUCUCCGAGAGACUACAUCGACGCCUUCCUCAUAGAGAUGGGAGAGAAAGGAGACAAAGACUCCGGUUUUGAUUCUGAGAAUCUGUGUUUUUGCAUUAUGGACCUGUUCGGUGCUGGAACUGAAACCACCACCACCACUCUGCACUGGGGGCUGCUGUACAUGAUCUACUACCCUGACAUACAAGAGCGGGUCCAGGCUGAGAUAGACGCUGUGAUUGGUCCGUCCAGGCAGCCGUCUAUGGCUGACAGAGACAACAUGCCUUACACCAACGCUGUCAUCCACGAGAUACAGAGGAUGGGGAACAUCAUCCCGCUCAAUGUGCCCCGAAGAGCAAACAAAGACACCACCUUGGAUAAAUACACCAUCCCAAAGGGAACCUUGAUAAUAGCUCCACUUCACUCUGUCCUCCAUGACGAGUCCAUGUGGGAGACUCCACACUCCUUCAACCCUCAGCACUUCCUGGACCAGGACGGUAAAUUUAGGAAGAGAGACGCCUUCAUGCCUUUUUCUGCAGGUAAACGUGUGUGUCUCGGGGAGCAGCUGGCCAGGAUGGAGCUGUUCCUCUUCUUCACCUCCCUCCUGCAGAGGUUUAAGUUCUCGCCUCCUCCAGGAGAGGAGCCCAGUCUGGAGUGCAAGAUGGGAGGAACCCGUUGUCCCAAACCUUACCGCCUCUGUGCCGCGACACGUUAAACCACCAAAACAGACGGCAGUGACUCAAACUAUGGCAAUCUUGGCGUAAAUCAAAAAUAUGUCUAAUGAAAUAUUUGCUGGUAGAGUAGAGACAAUCAAUCAAGACAUUUAAAGUCUCUGUCAUUUGAGUGACUUCAAUUUUUUAAAUCAUCUUGUUUUCAAAGACUUUUAGAAAAGAUUUUAACAUUGUUGGAUUUAUCUUAGCUGAAACAUACUAGAUAACCUGAAACAAGCAAUAUAUCUGCUGUUGUUGUGUGACUGUUGUGUUGUACAAAAAUAAAUAAUCUUGAAAUCUUGCGUAAGUCUCAACAAAUUGCAGUAAAUGUUGCAUCCUUCGCAUCCUCCGAUCAGAACACUUUUCACGUGGUUUUUCAUCAUUGCAACAUUUACAUGAAUUCUUAUGACACUGUUGUUAUUAUUAUUAUUGCUCUGUUAGGUUGUUAACUGAAGACAAUAUUUGUUCAAAUUACUGAUUGCCCAGUUCAUCCUCUGGCUGAACUUACAAGAAAAUGUCAUGUACUGUUUUGGUCAAGUAAAACUACUCUUGAAAUGUUAAUUUGGAAAAAUAAAUAUUUUGUUUUUAAUACAUA